AGGAGGACACAUUAAGCCGUUUACUUUCUAUCACAUUUUGCUUCCUUUUGCCCCCGAGAAUGGCCAACCAAACCCCAACUGAUAUGCAGCAACUGAAGAAUCAAAACCAACUUAGCGUGCAGCAACCACCGCCAAAUCAAGCCCAAGCCAAUCAGCAGCAACUGAUGAAUCCAGCCCCAGCCAAUACGCAGCAGCUGACUAAUCCAGCACUAACCACUAUGCACCAAUUACCCUCUGCUAAAAUGCAGCAGCUGACUAAUCCAGCACCAACCACUAUGCACCAAUUACCCUCUGCUAAAAUCCAGCAACUGAUCAAACAGACCCCAGCCAGUGCGCAUCAACUGAUCAAAGGUGACAGGCUCUUGUUCUCAAGCUCUGAUGAAAAUGCAAUGACAAAGCAAAUUCAGGCCACUCAUUCUCCUGAUGGACGUGAGUUCGACGUCAAACCUCUACUUAAUAUCGUUGAGAACAUAUUUGAUCGUGCAGCCCCAACAAUCGAGUCUCUUGCUCUACCAGCGGCGGCUCAUCAAGCACGUCCUGAUGCUUUGGAUGACAAGACUUACCAUAGCAGCUUCAUGGCCAUGCUUGAAAGUUUGUCAUUUGUCAUUGAUCGAGUAGCUAGCGAGAUAACAUACAAGUGCUCAAGUGGUGGUGAAGCGCAUGCAAUUACUAUGUCAAUACUCAACACACUAUCAAGCUACACAUGGGAUGCCAAGUUGGUAUUAGCACUAGCAGCUUUUGCAAUGACUUAUGGAAACUUCUGGCUGGUUGCUCAGAACUACACCUUAAACCAACUUGCAAAAUCCAUGGCAAUCCUGAAACAUAUGCCUGAUAUUUUAGAGCAUUCAAGCAUGCUUAAGCCUCGAUUCGAUUCGAUCAAACAUCUCAUAAUGGUUAUGCUAGCUAUUGCCAAGUGCAUCGUGGAGUUCCAGGAGCUUCCACCUCAGUACAUUACAAUAGAUGUGCCUGCAUUGUCUGCUGCGAUUGCUCAUUUACCAAUUUCUGUCUACUGGACAAUCAGAAGUAUAGUGGCCUGCGCAUCCCAGAUUACUGGCCUUAUUGGGCUGGGGCACGAGCAUAUAGCAUCAACUACAGAGGCCUGGGAACUAUCGAGCUUAGCUCACAAACUAAGCAACAUGCAAAGCCACCUACAAAAUCAACUGGGACUCUGCUAUAAGCACAUUGAUGAAAGGAAACAUAUGGAAACUUAUCAGAACCUUCUACGUUUGUUUGAGAUGGCUCACAUUGACAACAUGAGAGUUCUGAAGGCAUUGAUUUAUUCGAAGGAUGAUAUUCAGCCACUUCUUGAAGGAACCACCAAGAGGAGGGUGAACAUUGACGUCCUGAGAAGAAAGAAUGUACUGCUGCUAAUAUCAGAUCUUGACAUUACACAAGAUGAGAUUUCAAUCCUUGAACAGAUCUACAAUGAAUCACGGCUACAUCCUUCCAAGCAGGAAAGUCGAUAUGAGAUUGUCUGGCUACCAAUUCGUGAUCCAGCUGUCCCUUUCAAUGAUAAUAUGCUAAAGAAGUUUCAGGCUCUGCAGUCUGGCAUGACUUGGUACUCAAUCUACCACCCUUCUUUAAUAGAUAGGGCGGUGAUCAAGUUCAUAAAAGAAGAGUGGAACUUUGGCAAGAAGCCUAUUCUUGUUGUUCUCGAUCCACAAGGAAGGGUUGCCUGCCCAAAUGCACUCCACAUGAUGUGGAUCUGGGGCAGUGUAGCAUUCCCUUUUACCACCAUAAGAGAAGAAGCUCUAUGGAAGGAAGAGAGUUGGAGACUUGAGAUCCUCGUUGAUGGCAUUGAUCCAAUAAUUACGAAUUGGAUCGAUGAAGGAAGAUACGUAUGCCUCUAUGGAGGAGAGGACAUGGAAUGGAUUCGAAAUUUCACCAACACUGCACGUGCAGUAGCACAAGCUUCAGGUAUCCCGUUGGGGAUGGUUUAUGUGGGAAAGAGCAACCCGAAAGAGCGAGUCAGGAGGAAUGUCUCAACCAUCAUGGUAGAGAAGCUCAGCCAUUAUUGGCAAGACCUGACUUCAAUUUGGUACUUCUGGGUUAGGAUUGAGAGCAUGUGGAGAUCCAAGAAUCAACUAGGAAAAAACUCUGAGAAUGAUCUCGUAAUGAAAGAGAUCAUGUCAAUGCUCAGCUUUGAUAGCAGUGAAGGUGGAUGGGCUAUUUUCAGUAGAAUGGCAGAUGAGGUAGUGAAAGCCAAGGGAAACAUAUUCUUAACUUGCCUGUCAGAUUACACUGUUUGGAAAGAUCAGAUUCAGCAGAAGGGUUUUCUGCCUUCAGUUAAGGAUUACCUUAAAGGCCUACACACUGAACAUCACUGCAACCGGCUCAUUCUCCCCAGUUCGGCCGGAAUGAUACCUGAAAAGAUAGUUUGCACAGACUGCGGCCUCAACAUGGAAAGGUACAUCUUGUAUAAGUGUUGCGAUGAAUAAAUAGCCAUUUAAAGGGCAGAUGUUACAGGCUUAUGCUAUAUAUGUCACUGCGGUAAUGAAUAAGCAGCAGUAGCUGCCACUAUAUAACUUACGCUAUAUAUACAAGUGAUGGUGGUGACGAUGUUCAGGUUGCUUGAUAUACUGAACUUUUUGCUAUAUACUAUGAUGAAGAGUGAAAUUUACUCGAGAAAGUGUUAUUUAUAUAUGCAAUGUUGUGACUUGCAUUAUUAUUUGUUGCCUUCACUAUGCAAUUUUGCAUGAUAUAAUAAAAUCCCUAUUUGCCUUCA